UUCUCCUUUAAAAGCCGCCAGGCUAGCUGCCUCCAUGCUCCUAGUGGUAUGCCCUAGCCAUCUCCAUCUCGCCCAUCUCGCCCAUCUUGUUAUAUACUACCGAUCUAUCUGUGCCUACUCUGUAGCCGGUUUCCCCCCUACCAUAUUAAACCGUCCCUUCUUCAAAUCGCGUUCCCCCUCGUCCCUCAUUCCUUCCAUCAUUCUACACCAUCUCUUCUCCUCCAAACAUCUCAACUACCGCAAACAGACCUGCUAAUUCACACCCUCUCACCAACCACAAUCCCUAUUUCUUCAUCAACUCGCAUCAAUUCUACCAACUCUCAACCCAUAUCCUCUGCUCCGACUUCCCAUCUACUCAUCCUGACCUCUAAACGACGAUCGUCUCUUCUUCCAUAAACAGUGAGUCUUC